GGCGACAGCGGCGGCGGCAGCGGCGGCGGGGACGGGCUGCGGCCUGCGGACCCUCGCGGCAGCCGGGCAGCGGGUCGCGCUGGCGGCGGCGAUGGCCGCGCUGAUGGAGAUCCAGAUGGACGAGGGCGGCGGCGUGGUGGUGUACCAGGACGACUACUGCUCGGGCUCGGUGAUGUCCGAGCGGGUGUCGGGCCUGGCGGGCUCCAUCUACCGCGAGUUCGAGCGCCUCAUCCACUGCUACGACGAGGAGGUGGUCAAGGAGCUGAUGCCGCUGGUGGUGAACGUGCUCGAGAACCUGGACUCGGUGCUCAGCGAGAACCAGGAGCACGAGGUGGAGCUGGAGCUGCUGCGCGAGGACAACGAGCAGCUGCUCACCCAGUACGAGCGCGAGAAGGCGCUGCGCAGGCAGGCCGAGGAGAAAUUCAUUGAGUUUGAAGAUGCCUUGGAACAAGAGAAGAAAGAGCUGCAGAUCCAGGUGGAGCACUAUGAGUUUCAGACUCGCCAGCUGGAACUGAAGGCCAAAAACUAUGCAGAUCAGAUUUCCCGGCUGGAGGAGCGGGAGUCAGAGAUGAAGAAGGAGUACAACGCCCUGCACCAGCGGCACACGGAGAUGAUCCAGACCUACGUGGAGCACAUCGAGAGGUCCAAGAUGCAGCAGGUCGGGGGCAAUGGCCCAACGGAGGGCAGCCUGCCAGGGAGGAGUCCUCGCCAGUCGUGGAAGAAGAGCAGGAAGGAACGCCCCACCUCUCUGAACGUCUUCCCCCUGGCCGACGGCAUGGUACGUGCGCAGACGGGGGGCAAGCUCGUGCCCACAGCAGACCACUGGCAUCUGAGUGACCUUGGCCAGCUGCAGUCCAGCUCCAGCCACCAGUGCCCGCAAGACGAGAUGUCUGAGUCGGGCCAGUCCUCGGCGGCCGCCACGCCCAGCACCACCGGCACCAAGUCCAACACGCCCACGUCCUCCGUGCCCUCCGCGGCCAUCACGCCGCUGCAUGAGAACCUGCAGCCCCUGGGGGAUGGCACAGGCCCGAGGGACAGCAAGCGCCACAGCCGCAACAUGGAGGUCCAGGUCACCCAGGAGAUGCGCAACGUCAGCAUCGGGAUGGGCAGCAGUGACGAGUGGUCUGAUGUCCAAGACAUCAUCGACUCCACGCCCGAGCUGGACGUGUGCCAGGAGCCCCGCCUGGACCGCAGCGGCUGCAGCCCCACCCAGGGGAUCGUGAACAAGGCCUUCGGCGUCAACACCGACUCCCUGUUCCAGGAGCUGUCCAGCGCGGGCCCCGGGGCCAUCGGGGACGUGGACGAGGGCGCAGACCUGCUAGGGGAGUUCUCAGUGCGCGGUGACUUCUUUGGAAUGGGCAAGGAAGUGGGGAAUCUGCUACUGGAAAACUCACAGCUUCUGGAAACCAAAAACGCUUUGAAUGUGGUGAAGAAUGACCUGAUUGCCAAGGUUGACCAGCUGUCCGGGGAGCAGGAGGUGCUCAAGGGGGAGCUGGAGGCCACCAAGCAGGCCAAAGUCAAGCUGGAAAACCGAAUCAAGGAGCUGGAGGAGGAGCUGAAAAAAGUGAAGUCUGAGGCCAUCAUCGCCCGGCGCGAGCCCAAAGAAGAGGUGGAGGAUGUAAGCAGCUAUCUCUGUACAGAAUUGGACAGCGUCCCCAUGACCCAGCGCCGGCGCUUCACGCGGGUGGAGAUGGCCCGCGUGCUCAUGGAGCGCAACCAGUACAAGGAGCGGCUGAUGGAGCUGCAGGAGGCUGUGCGGUGGACUGAGAUGAUCAGAGCCUCCAGAGAACACCCGUCCGUGCAGGAGAAGAAGAAGUCAACCAUCUGGCAGUUCUUCAGCCGCCUCUUCAGCUCUUCGUCCAGCCCCCCGCCCACCAAGCGCGCCUACCCCGCCGUCAACAUCCACUACAAGUCGCCCACCGCGGCCGGCUUCAGCCAGCGCCGUGGCCACACCAGGUGCCAGGGCCCGGCCGGCAGCCGCCCCCUCGAGUUCUUUCCCGACGACGACUGCACGUCCUCCGUGCGGCGUGAGCAGAAGCGCGAGCAGUACCGCCAGGUCCGCGAACACGUGCGCAACGACGACGGGAGGCUGCAGGCCUGCGGCUGGAGCCUGCCGGCCAAGUACAAGCAGCUGAGCCCAAACGGGGGCCAGGAGGACACGCGCGUGAAGAACGUGCCGGUGCCCGUGUACUGCCGUCCCCUGGUAGAGAAAGACCCCACCAUGAAGCUGUGGUGCGCCGCGGGGGUCAACCUGAGCGGGUGGAGACGGAGCGAGGAGGAUCCUGCGAACGGAGUUAAGCCUGCGCCCGGCCGCGACCCUCUGACCUGCGACCGGGAAGUGGAAGGCGAGGCCAGGAGCAGCCACACGUCUCCGGAAAAGAAGGCCAAGGAGCUCCAGGAGAUGGACACCACGUCCAGCCGGGUCUGGGUCCUCACCAGCACCCUGACCACCAGCAAAGUGGUGAUCGUCGAUGCCAACCAGCCGGGCACGGUCGUGGACCAGUUUACUGUCUGCAACGCCCACGUUCUGUGCAUCUCCAGCGUCCCUGCGGCCAGCGACAGCGACUACCCCCCCGGCGAGAUCUUCCUGGACAGCGACGUCAACCCCGAAGACUCGGGUGCAGACGGCAUGCUGGCUGGCAUCACACUGGUGGGCUGUGCCAGCCGCUGUAAUGUGCCACGCAGCAACUGCUCCUCCCGGGGGGACACCCCGGUGCUGGACAAGGGGCAGGGGGAGGUGGCCGCCGUCGGCAACGGGAAGGUCAACUUAUCCCAGCCCACGGAGGAAGCCACGGAGGCCACCGAGGUGCCAGACCCGGGCCCCAGCGAGCCUGAGGCAGCCACGGUGCAGCCAGGGCCCCUCACGGAGCAUGUCUUCACGGACACGGCGCCCACCCCACCGUCCAGCACCCAGCCUGCCAACGAGAGUGGGCCGGAUGCCGACACCAGCGGGGCACAGCCUGAGCCGGAGCCCAGUGCGGACCCCGCAGGGACGUGCAGCAGUGCAGCGCCCACCAUGUGGCUGGGAGCUCAGAACGGAUGGCUCUACGUGCACUCGGCCGUGGCCAACUGGAAGAAGUGCCUGCACUCCAUCAAGCUGAAGGACUCGGUCCUGAGCCUGGUGCACGUGAAGGGCCGUGUGCUGGUGGCACUGGCCGAUGGGACCCUGGCCAUCUUCCACCGAGGCGAAGACAGCCAGUGGGACCUGAGCAACCACCACCUGAUGGGCCUGGGCCAUCCGCACCACUCGAUCCGCUGCAUGGCCGUGGUGCACGACCGCGUGUGGUGCGGCUACAAGAACAAGGUGCACGUGAUCCAGCCCAAGACCAUGCAGAUUGAGAAGUCCUUUGAUGCCCACCCGCGGAGGGAAAGCCAGGUGCGGCAGCUGGCGUGGGUCGGCGACGGGGUGUGGGUGUCCAUCCGCCUGGACUCCACCCUGCGGCUCUACCACGCCCACACCCACCAGCACCUACAGGACGUGGACAUCGAGCCCUACGUCAGCAAGAUGCUGGGCACCGGCAAGCUGGGCUUCUCCUUCGUGCGCAUCACAGCCCUGCUCAUCGCGGGCAGCCGCCUGUGGGUGGGCACCGGCAAUGGUGUCGUCAUCUCCAUCCCGCUGACCGAGACUGUGGUCCUGCACCGAGGCCAGCUCCUGGGGCUCCGAGCCAACAAGACGUCCCCCACGUCCGGGGAGGGUGCCCGCCCUGGCGGCGUCAUCCAUGUGUACGGUGACGACAGCAGUGACAAGUCGGCCAGCAGCUUCAUCCCCUACUGCUCCAUGGCCCAGGCCCAGCUCUGCUUCCACGGGCACCGGGACGCUGUCAAGUUCUUCGUCUCCGUGCCAGGGAACGUGCUGGCCACCCUCAACGGCAGUGUGCUGGACAGCCCCUCCGAGGGCCCCGGGCCCACUGCCACUGCCUCGGACGCUGAGGGCCAGAAGCUGAAGAACGUGCUGGUGCUGAGCGGCGGGGAGGGCUACAUCGACUUCCGCAUCGGGGACGGAGAGGACGAUGAGACGGAGGAGGGCGCCGCGGACGUGAGCCAGGUGAAGCCCGCACUGUCCAAGGCCGAGCGCAGCCACGUCAUCGUGUGGCAAGUCUCCUACGUCCCCGAGUGAGCCGCUGCCCGCCCUGGGCUGCCGCCCUGCCAGCAGCACCGUGCCCACCCCCUCCAGCCUCUUCACUCGAAGCCCCCCACCCCACCCCCCAGGGCCCAGGAGGCAUGGGAGCAGGCCUGGCUCUUGCACCUGCAGGCGCUGGAACAUCUUGGGGCUCCUUCCCCAGCAAUUCCCUGCCAAAGUCCCAGGGGCAUCUCAGGGCCAGAGCAGGAGGGCCUCCCAGGGCUCCCACGCCCUUCACUCCCAGGAGCUCCCCAGGGCCCCACCGCUUCCCACCCUGACCCACCUGCCACCCUUCAGGGGAGGUGUUCCACUGCCUGAGGGGGUGGGGCCCAGUGCAUCCUUUCCCAGGGAGCCAGGGCCGUGCGCACCCCAGUGCCUGUGCCCUGCCUGCCCUCCUGGGCUUGGUCUCUCUCCAAGCUCCUGUCCCCUCAGUCCUGGUGUCUGGGGACCUGGUGUGACAGCCCCUGGCCAGGCUCCUUGCGGCAGCUGCACAAGAGGAGAGCCCAGGUCCCCUCCCGGCCCCAGGCCCCACUCUGCCCUGGCUGACCCACGCUCCCCCCCCCUCCCGCCAUCCUAAGAGCAGGGCUUCAUGGGAGCUGGCCCUGGAGCCCUGCCCACCCCCAGGCCCCUGGAUGGGGUUUCUCAGGCUGCCAGGGCAGACCCGGGCUCAGGAAGAGGGGGCUUCCUCUUAGGCUCAGGCUGUUGGGGGGCGUCCUGCACCCGGGGCCCCGAGGAGCCGCAUUAUGGACACGUGACUAAGUGCCUAGGGUUGGCUGAGGUGGUUUGCUCUCUUGGGGGGCAGCUGAUGGAGGCUGCUGUUGGAGACCUGAGAGGUUCCAGGCGUGUGCACGGGAGGGGGCUCAGCUCCCAGGUGGGCUCCAGCCACCUGCCUGCAGAGUAUUCACCCUGCACACAGCUCUCACUGAGGGCCUGGCCUUGCUCGCUUCCCCUCCCACCCCCACCCACCCUGCCUUGUUUCUGCUCCUGGAGACCCUGAAUCCAGGCAGCCCAGUCCAGCUGCCCACCCAAGCCCACCAGAGAAGCACAGAUCUUGGGCUGCCGUCCCUUGGCCUUGUGCCACUGCAGCACCAGGUGCUGCAGGCUUGUCUCCUCCGCCCCACCUAUCCACUGUGAUGUAUGUACAGUCCCUUGUCUGUCCCUACAAGGUGUGAAGUGACUCUGGAUUAGCCGGGUGGGUGCCUCUGGGAGCAGUGGCUGCGUGAUGAUUGCCCUCAGGCUUUGCCCCUGCAAGUGACUCCAUGUACUUGUUCUGUAUGUAAUAAACGUCCUAGCGUCCUACA